AUGACGAACCCACAUGGCAAAGACUCUACCACCAACCCCCCUCCCAACACUAGCGAAGCCCCGAGCCCUCGGCGUGUUGGAGAAGGACCAUCCAAUACUUCUCCUCCUGCCUCUGGGCAAGAACUUGAAACCCCGAGGCCUAAUGUUGCCGGGACUAGUGUUAGACCAUCCGGACAACCAGUACUCGGGGCUGGAGGACAUGUUGGGGAGGGUGGUGGUGUUGGCGACACUACCAGUGUUGGAGGAGAGUCUACUAGUGGUGGUGUUGGUGUGGGAAUGGGAAUGGGAAUGGGAAUGGGAGGAGUGUCUACUGGUAUGGAAGUACUUCAAAUUGAGGCUACUGCUGGUGGUGGCGGCGGGGUUGGUAGUCAGAGGAAGAGAACUCGAGAAGGGAUGGAUGCAGGAGAAGGAUCUUCGGCAGGGCAAGGCGGAGAAGCUCCUCCUCCACAGGGAGUUUUUCGCUGCUUUGUAUGCGGCAGAGAUGAUUUUCUCAACCACCACAGCUUAGGGGGUCACUUGAGGACCCAUCCAGAGCGUUCCUGGAAGGGUGCUUUCCCACCUCCUGUUUUCAGUCGUGAAGAGUUUGGUGAUGUUCUAGGUCUCGUCGGUGGUGCUGGUGCUGGUGCUGGUGCUGGGCAGGCGGCGGAAGUGGUGGUGGCUGCGCCGCCACCGGUUCAGAGGGAGGGUGGGGAAUCUAGGGAUCAAUUGGAUCUGAAUGCGUUACCAACUGCAGAUGAAGAGGAGCCAACACCUCCCAACGAAGAGGAACCUCCUCCUCCUCCUUCUUCUAUAAAGCUGGUUCAGGACUUGAACAAGUUACCACCACCAGAAGAAGAUUGA